AUGAAUUCAACACUAUUAUUUCAAUCUGCACGUUCAAUACUUGAAAAUAAAGAAUCUAAUUUGACAAAUAUUUUAGUAAAUAAAGAAGAAAAUAAAGUUGAAUCAGAGUUACAAAACCAAAUUGAAUAUUACAAAUCUAAAGGAACUGUUAAAAAUACUCUCAAGGUGACUCGAAAUUGGGUUGCACAAUUGGAACCAUUUUGCAAGUCACGUGGCUAUAAUAAUCCAAUUGAAACGAUAACUGAUAUUCGAGUUCUUCAAAGACAAAUUGUUGAAUUUAUAACAUUGAUGAAACAGCAAAAUGGGCAAGAAUAUAAAGCAAAUUCCCUGAAAUUAUCACUUGAUGCUAUUAACCAUCACUUGCUAAAAUCAUCAAAAAUCCCAGAAAUUAAUUUACAUAACCGUUAUGAAUUUCCAGAGAUUCAUGAUGUCUUACAUGGAAAAAUGAGAUAUUUACAAGAAAAAGGGUUAGGUGAAGUUCAAAGUGCUUGUGCACUUAAUUUGGAACAGGUUAAAUAUAUUCUUGAACAUGAAUUUAUGAUAGUUUUAACACCUGAGAAUUUGCUUUAUCGACAACGAGAAGAUAAUGGAUUCAACUUUAUUAGAUAUGUAGCUAAAAACAAUCAACGAGAUCUUAAUGGAGGAAAUGCUCAAAUUAUUCCGAUUCCUGCUGAUCAUCUUGAUACUUGUGGUUCAUGUUACGAUUUUCAAUUAUAUCUUUCCAAGCAUCCAAUUAAUGCAGAUGAACACCUGUAUUUGCAAGUUAAUCCUAAAUGGAAAGAAACCAGUAUUUGGUAUAAAACAACUCGUUAUGGUCUUAACCAGCUUAACAAAUUUAUAAAGAAAAUUGACCAACGAACUAAAAUUUCUAUACCUACAAAUUUAUUAUCAAAUCAUUCUGGAAGAAAAACUGCAACACAAAUACUACAUGAUAAUGAAAUUCCAGAACAAACAAUAAUGAAUAUUACUGGACAUCGUAGCAUUCAAGGGGUCUGGACCUAUAAGUUAACUAAUAAACAGCAAAAAUUAAUGGGUAUAUCGAGUCUGAUUUCUCUUUACGAAUCUAAUUCAAAUAACUUGUCACAUGAAAAUUAA